GUUUUCUUUGCAUUAUUUAAGGUCUGAUUUAUCCUCAGAGUGUUUGAUAUUAAAACUCUGUUGUUUCAGAUACUGUCAGCUGACCACUGUGCACUUCAUUAUAGCUUGACCUCCUGAAUACACAACAGCGAGAAACCAAUGAAGGAGAGCAGCUCGUACUGUUGUGUGAUAGAAGAGGAUGACAUGGCUCUCGCUAUGGCCAAUGUGUUUGAGUGGUCUUGUAAAGGAAACAUUUCAUCACUGGAGUUUCUCAGCCAGAAGAAUCCAGAACUGCUGAAGUCCAGAGACGAGUGCGGCGCGGGCCCGAUCCAUCACGCCGCGGCCAGCGCUAAUCUAGCGGUCAUCCGGCUGAUAGUAACCGUUGUUGGCCCCGAGGAGUUGAACACUCAGGAUGAUCAUGGCCGGACUCCACUGCACUGGGCUGUAGAGAAGAAUCAGGAGGGGAGCUGCUCGCUGCUGCUGGAGCUGGGGGCUGAUCCUAACAUCCUCAGCUUAUCAUUAACUGCCCCGUUGCACCUGGCUAUCAGUCUUGAACACAACAACCUGGUACAGCUGCUGCUGUUGUGCGACCGGACAGAUGUGGAUUUGGAGGGUGAUCUGGGGAACACACCGGCAAUGGUGGCGUGUUCCAACAAUAACUGCCAGGCCCUACAAAUUCUUUUUAAAUACAACGCAAAGUUGUGCCAUCAGAACAAGCUGGGCCACUUUGCCAUCCACACUGUGGCGUUUGCUGGUGCCAAAGAGGCCAUGGAGGUGAUUCUGCAGAAAGGUGAGGAGAUGGGUAUCACCACCUCUGGACAUAUAAACUAUCUGGAUAAGUCUAAAAGCUCACCUCUUCACCUGGCCGUGCGAGGAGGGAACACUGAAGUCAUUAAGCUCUGCAUCAGUAAAGGAGCCAAAGUCGAUCAGCAGCAGUGUGACAAAUCCACGGCUCUGCACUUCGCCUGCACUCAGGGAGCCACUGAAGCGGUCAAAAUCAUGCUCCAGCCCUACGAACGAAUGGAGGAAAUAAUCAACAUCAGAGAUGGUGCCAAUCAGACGCCUCUGCACAGGGCCACGUUAUUUGAUCAUGUGGAGCUGGCUGAAUAUCUCGUUUCAAAGGGAGCAGAUAUUGAUUGCAUUGACUGUAAGGGUCUGUCCCCUCUGCUGCUGGCGACAACGUGCAGUGCCUGGAAAACGGUUUCAUUUCUGCUGCUGAAAGGUGCAGAUUUCAGAGUCAAAGACAAAGCGGGACGCAACUUCCUCCAUCUCGUCAUCUUCCAGCCGAAAGGCCUGAAAAAUCUCCCUGAAAAUCUUUUACAGAGUAAAGCAGUGAGGGAGCUGAUGAGUGAUGAAGAUUAUGAAGGCUGCACCCCGCUGCAUUACGCCUGCAAGCUUGGCAUCCAUGACUCAGUCAAAAACAUGCUUAGUCAAAAAAUCUGCCUGGGCCGCAAAUCAAAGCAAAAGAAAUCCGGACUUCACUUUGCUGCAGAAUAUGGGCGUCUGAACACCUGCAUCAGGCUGCUGGAGACCAUCAGUGACUCUAGGCUGCUAAACGAGGGUGAGGAGAAUGGACUGACCCCUCUCCAUCUGGCCUCCAGAGGGGGACACACUAAAGUGGUGGAACUGCUGCUCAGGAGAGGGGCACUGUUUCAAAGUGAUUAUAAAGGCUGGUCGUGUUUACAUCAUGCUGCAGCUGAAGGAUACACUCAAACCAUGGUAAUCCUCCUGGCUGCCAACGUCAAACUGCUGGACUACACAAACGAGGAGGGGAACACGGCUCUGCACUUAGCAGCGAGAGCAGGCCACGUUGCAGCAGUGAAGCUGCUACUGAACAGAGGAGCUCUAUUCAUGCUCAACAAAAACGGCGCCUCCUUCCUGCACGAGGCUGUACGCAACGGCAAGAAAGAAGUAGCUAAUGCUGCUAUUGAGAACGAGAGGUCCAGUGAGGCUUUGAGUCUGUUUAAAAAAGGCCCAGGCUUUCGCUGUGUUGUUCUGGACUUAAUUGAGUUCCUUCCAGAAUCUACCAAGCACCUCCUGGACCUGUGUAUGGUAGAAUCAGAGCAUGACCCAAACAACAUCAACUACCAUAUCACUUACAAUUUCAAGUGGCUUCAGGCUCCAAUUCUGCUCAAGAAGUAUGCUAAGACGGACAAAUCAAUGAAUUUUCAGCCUCUGGCAGCACUGAAUGCGAUGGUGCAGUACAACCGGCUCGAGCUCCUCACUCAUCCAGUGUGUCAGAAAUACUUAGAGAUGAAAUGGAAAGCAUACGGGAGUAAAGUUCAUUUACUCAAUCUGGCCGUGUAUCUGCUGGGCCUGCUGCCCCUCACAUACCUCAUCAUCAACCUCAAACCCACCCAGAACACCUCCGUCAACGGCACCACCGUCACCAUGGCUUCUGUUUCCUUCAGAACGCAAAGCUACAUGAUCUCUGUCUGCAUUGUCAUGGUCCUUGUCAUGAACGUGUACGCCAUUUGUAAAGAGCUGGUGCAGUUGGCUCAGCAGCGUCUGAUUUACUUCAUGGACUCCACCAAUGUGUCGGACUGGGCCUCGGCAAUCUCCUCUCUGGUUUUCGUUAUCCCGUUGUUCUUCAGUGUGGAUAAUAAAUGGCACUGGGAGGCUGGAGCUUUGGCCAUUCUGUUUGCCUGGAUCAACUUCCUACUCUACUUCCAGAGGUUUGAGCGUUUUGGUAUUUACGUGGUGAUGUUUGGGGAAAUUAUAAAAACGCUGAUCAGCACCAUUGUCCUGUUCGUCUUCCUCCUGCUGGCAUUCGGUUUGUCCUUCUACGCUCUGAUGCUUCAUCGAGUGGAGUUUAACUCCAUCAGCCUGUCUCUGGCUCAGACGUUUGUGAUGACAGUGGGAGAGCUGAACUAUCAGAACACUCUGCUGGAGGCGUAUGAACAGGGUCAGCUGGCCUUUCCUGAAAUCAGCUACUUCAUCUUUGUGCUCUUUGUUCUCCUCAUGCCCAUCCUCCUCAUGAACCUGAUGAUCGGUUUGGCUGUGGGAGAUAUAGCAGAGGUGCAGAGGAACGCAACACUGAAGAGGAUUGCCAUGCAGAUUAAUCUUCAUACCAACUUGGAGGAAAAGCUGCCGUACUGGUACAUGAAGAGAGUGGACAAGCCCAGCAUCACCAUCUACCCAAACAAGAAAUGCGAAAAAGUUUUGGGGAUGAUUCAGCAGUUCUGGAAUUUCGGAGAAGAAACUGAAGUUCGGGUUCGCCUGAACACAAACGCACGCAAGAGCUGCCCACUGGAGAGAGAGAUAAUGAAGCAGAAAUACAGGCUGAAGGAGAUUUCCUCUGUGCUGGAGAAGCAGCACAACCUGCUGAAGCUCAUCAUCCAGAAGAUGGAGAUAACAUCUGAGGCUGAUGAACAUGAUGGCCCUCAGGACUUCAGGGCCAUCACCUCUGCAUUGCCCUCAUCCAUCAGCCGAGGCUCUCGAUGGGUCCCGCUGAUCCGGGCGCUCGGGGUGAAGAAGUGAUGCUGAAAAAAAGAGUCUGCAAUCGGUUCUGAAUAAAAAAUCCCUUUUUUCUUUCUUAAGGUCUUAUUCUAUAGUCAGUGUUGUGCCCACAGGAAUCAGGUUAAGCUCUCAGGGUCCGAACAUUUCCCAGUGUAAACUAGAAAAGAACAGUUUCAGCAGGUUUGAACUGUACCCUGCUUUAGAAAUAAUAUAGCAGGACCUACAGGUAUGUGGUUUCAUUCAUUUUAUUCUACCCCUCCAUGUCCUCCCCAAGAAAAAUACACUUCCACUUUCACACUUUUUGAUAAAACCAGAACACCCCUUAAAAUAUAACCUGAUACACUGCUGCCAGUUGGUAGAGAUGGUGCAAUAAGGUUGAGUUAAGCUCAACACCUUCUUCCAUGACAAAUCAAUAACUCAAAAUGUUCUCGCUAAAAGGAUUUGUUACUGAUUCAUGUUAACAGAUUUUUAAACCUUUAUUUGAUAAUAGAAGUAAUAAUACAUGCAAACUUACUCUUUGUUAGGCUCAUCAUAGUGCACUGAACUUUAUUACUUAUUGAUAAUGAUGUAGUUUGUAUACUUACAUUGUUUGUGUAAGCUUACAGAAUCAUACACUGUAAAACUUUUGUUGUAACUGAUUACCUAAUACAUUUUAAGUUCAUGUAAUAUAAUUUUUAAUUACAAUGAACUUAACAAAUACAUAUACAUAUAUAUUUAAAAUUAAUAUUUUCCUGAACUUGUAUUUAGUCUUCUUUCUGGUUUCAUCCAACUAUUUUUUUAAAUACUCAUAGAAAAGUAGAUGAAAGAAAACAGUAAAGAAUUAAAAGUAGAGUUACUGCAGCUCUGAUGCUUGUUCUUACAGCCUACACAUCCAGUAUGCAAAUAGAUUGUGACAGAAACCAAUGGAAAAGAAGCUGAUAAUGGCAACAGACUAAACUCAGUUAUUAUAAGUUGAUUCAAAUCAAAGAUCUCUGUUUAAGUGUAUGUGCUUACGAAUGUUCAACUAACUCAAAAUAGUUGAGUAUUGUUUAGAAAUCUCCAAUUUUAUGUAAAACAGACUUAAACCAUUUGAGUUCAAACAACUUCUGGGUUUACAGUGUAUGUAAAAUCUAAUGUAUAAUGUAUCUACUCUGAUGUAUUCAUUGUUUUAUUCAUUCUUUGUCUCACUAUUCCAUGAACCCAAAUGUAUCACUGUAGAGAAAUAGUGAUAUACACAAAAUAUUACUCACAUAAUAUUACAAAAAUGACACAGUGUGUCUUACAUUUCCUCUGUUUUUUAUUUGAUUGCCAACAGUAUGAACCUAAGAUAUUUAAGAUAUCUAAGAUAUUUAAUAUUCAACAUAUUGUAUUCUGUGUGGAGAAUUUUUGAAAACGACAAGAACGAAAGGAGACAACAAUAUCUCGUACUGUCUUACAUCAUAAGAUGGGUUUUUAGAAAGAACGGGACAAAAUAACACAGGAAAACACAUUUUACUGAUUAGUAUCUUUGGUCCCAAACUUUAAAAAGUUGGAAAAAGAGGUGAGGGGUGCUGAGUGGUCCAGUGGUCUAAAGCGCUGCCACUAUAUAUAUAUAUUGGUUUGAAUCCUGGUCAUACAGCUUGCCAUCAGCUUCCGGGGGCCUGAGAGAGAACAAUUGGCCUUGCUCUCUUCGAGUGGGUGGAUGGCUCACCUUCCCCUCAUCACUCCUAGGGUGAUGCCGAUCAGCACAAGGCGUCUGUGAGCUGAUGUAUUGGAACCGUGUGGAACCGCACUGGCUGCUCGGCAAUGCUACAUCAGCAGCAGUUCAAAAAGAGGUUGUGGCUGACUUUGCAUGUGCUAGUCUUCACCCUCCUGGUGUUUUGGGGGAUAUACAGCUGAGUAGCAGCUAAAUAGGUGGUACAGUUGGCCAGAUAAAUUGG